AUGAGCAUAUUUAAUCAAAAGUCCAAGUUUAAAGUCAAAACCGAAGUGCGCAAAGUCAAACAAGCCAUCCCUGCCCCAGCCAAGCAGCAGCAGCAACAAAAAUCCAACGGGCGCGCAUCCUCGGUAGCGACGACAGGCAGCAGCGCCCACGGCACACCGCGCGGCUCGCCCGCCCCAGGCUCUUUGAACCCUUUCCCAUCUUCCUCUAGAAGCAAACCUCGAUCCCAUCCGCAACCCUCCACCUCCCCAGAGACCCACAACCCCAACAGCCGAAAACGCCGCUUGGCCAGGCCAAUCCGCAGCAGCCGGUCGCCGGCCACCCCCAGCUUCAGCGAGUCCGAGGCCGGGUCGGGCGACGAAGACGACGAUGACUGGCGCGACCGGCUGGAUCCGCACAAGCGGCGGAAGCGGGCGCACACCGAAACGGUUGAGGACCCCGCGCGGCGGGUGAAACACGCGCGAUUGUGGACUGGCGACGAGCAGGACGGCGUCGCGCGGGAGAAGCUGGUGAUCGUGCACUCGGCCGACGUCGCAUCGCUGGAGGACAGGUGCCAGCCCGUCAUGGGCCUCAGUCGGGAGGAGGUAGGCGUGCGGUUGCGGUACCCAGGGUCUAAUUAUCUGGAGAGGUACGAGCUUGUAUGGGGAAAGGACAAAAUUGAUGGCGCCAUGGACAUCAUGAAGGUGGUCAAGCACGUUGCCUCGACAUAUCUGACCGAAGAGGAGGCGCAGCCAUUUUUGGACCCGAACACCGGCAUCUAUCGCCGCUUGGAGAAAAGCAAGAAUACAAAGGACGGGAAAGGCUUCAAGACAGCACUAGCGGAAUACAACGAGCAGCUCCUGGCGUUUCAGAAGAAGGGCGUUAUUGUCAAGAACCUGGACAAGAUGCAGAGCGUCCCCCGGGAACUCGUCGAAUUUAUUCUAGACCAAGUAUACGACCGCACCGUGGCGCCAAAAGUCGAACUUCUAGCCAAGUACGAAAACGGCACCGACAACGUCUAUGGAGAACUUCUUCACCCCUUCAUCUCCGACAUCUUUGAGAGGACAAAACUGACCUCGGACAUGGUCUUCGUCGACCUUGGCUCUGGUGUCGGAAAUGUGACGCUUCAGGCGGCGCUCGAAAAGGGGUGCGAGAGUUGGGGGUGUGAGAUGAUGGAGAAUGCGUGCAACCUUGCCGAGGCGCAAAAGAAGGAGUUUACGGCACGUUGCCGCCUCUGGGGUAUUGCGCCUGGAGAGGUCCAUCUCGAACGCGGGGACUUCCGUAAGAGCGAGAAGACGCUUGAAGCCCUCAAAAGAGCAGACGUGGUUUUGGUCAACAACCAGGCCUUUACGUCGCAGCUCAAUGAUCACCUCGUCAACAUUUUCUUGGACCUCAAGAUUGGAUGCAAGAUUGUCUCGCUCAAGACGUUUGUCCACGACAACAAGAUUGCCGAGAACGACGUCGCUUCAUCGAUCUUGAACGUCGAACAUUUGACAUACCCUGGUGGUUGGGUCAGCUGGACUGCAGCGCCGGGUACGUUUUGCAUCUCGACGAGGAAGUGA